AUGGUUGCUUCUGCAAGUCAGGUAUGUGGUAACAAUGAACAAUACACCUGCAGCGCAGAUUGUAUCGAAACAUGUGAUUACAAGCCGACUAUAUGUACACAUAUAUGCAAAUUCGGUUGUUUUUGUCAAGAUGGCUAUGUUCGUCAGUCAAAUAACACUGACAGCGCUUGUGUUAAACGUGAAGACUGUAACAAAGAACCAGAAGUUCCACAAUGUGGAGAAAAUGAAGAGUAUCAAGGAUGCGGUUCAUGGUGUCCUCCAACAUGCGAUGAUUUUUCAUAUCCACUUGGCAAAAAUCCUCAUGUAUGCAUACUGAGUUGCAACCCUGAUUGUUUCUGCAAACAAGAUUACUAUCGUGCCAAGAAUGGUGAAUGCGUUAAGCCAGAAGAAUGCUGUACAGGUGAUAAUGAAAAAUAUACAGAUUAUGGUUCGGCUUGUGUUGAAACUUGUGAUUAUGUACCACAAGUUUGUACACAUCAAUUUGUUCCCGGUUGUUUUUGCCAGUCUACUGAUUAUGUUCGUAAGAAUAACAGCACUGCUAGUCCUUGCAUCAAACGUGAACAAUGUUCCAAAUGA